AACGAAAAUUGUUCUCAUGAAAUCUUGCUAAGUCAUCUUGUUCCUUUUGACAAUCAGAUUAAUGUAUUCUUCAGAUGUAGAUUUUACAAUUCCGACUUAAAUACAACGAUGGUUUCCAACUGCACGAAACCAAAUAUCGUUCCUGUUUUAGUGAUUGCAGAAAUGACUCCAUCAAUAUCUGCUAAGUUGGAUACUGUUACAGAAAUGAACUGUUUCAUACAAACCAUGCGGUUAACAUGGACAUCUGUUUUUAUAAAAGGACACAACGAAACAGCAUCCAAUGUAUUAUUAACUAUCUAUAAUGAUAGCAAGAUAGAAUCUCAGGACUCUAAAAUCAAAGGCACAGUUAUUAUUGAUGAUGAAUAUGUUAAUGUUACAGUUUUCCUCAAUACAAGUAAAGACUCGAAUGCUUGUGAACUAAAUAAAAAUUACUCAUGUGACAUUACUCUCACGGACACAUCAAUUCAAACUAUACGUGCCAAUACUUCAUUUAUGAUACAAGCUCCUUUGUCUACAAUUGAAAUAACUGCCGACUAUUCCUACGUCAGUGGGUCCAAUGUUACCAUUAACUGUACCGUUCAGCUUGGAGACCUUAAUGACACAGAAGUUUCCUUGGAAGUCUGUCAAAAUGGAAAGUAUGAGGAUAUACAGGCAACAGAAAAAGUGGUUCAAGAGGUCUUCAAAUUGGAUAGCGAUAAAAACGCCUUUUGUACAAAUCAAGUACUGUAUAGCUAUCACAUACUUUUGAUGGAUUCAAGAAAUGGAUCAUAUGUCCGAUGUCACGGUAACGAUGUCCUCUACAACGAAACUUUGUCAACAAAGUGCGUGUCAAUCAAUGUUACGCAAGUCGAAGCUGAUAUGGAGCCAGAAAAGUUAUAUGGAGAGCUGAACUCAACAGCUACCUUUAAAUGCAGAAUUCCUCUCUCUCAAUCUUAUUUCUCUGCAUUCCAGUUUUUCAACGAUUCUUCUUAUCCACUUAUAUCAAUAAAUUCUGACAACAACUAUACUAUUCUACCCCAGAAUGAUCGAAUAUCUGCAGUAUAUACUAGCAAUCAGUUUGAUGAGUACAGAGCAGUGAAUUUCACCCUUGACCUCCGACCCGGAGAUGACCUUUGCAACUUAGCUGGCCCUUACUUUUGUAAAGUAAAUACCUUCAACGAGAGUCUUAUUCUUCCUGCAGAUGACGUUGGCUAUCUGUAUAUAGCAGCACCUCCUACCGAUGUGUCCAUCGAGAUCGAACCUAGUUAUCUGAAUGCUUCACUGGGUGGUGACACCAUCAACUGCACUGCAAUAAUGAAUCCUAAUACAACAACAUUGUCACUUGUUAUCCUUUUUAAUGAAACUUAUGAAAUGGUUCCGAGAAACAUAACAGAAAUAUUUACGGGACCCAUGGUGACUAGUGAUUGUCGUUAUGAAAGCCGUGUAGUGGUUACUGCAACGUUUGACAACUUUGGUGGAAGUACUGUCGCUUGCUUAGCAAUAGACAACGCAUUUGGUAAAGAAUAUUUUUCUACAAGAGAAACCAUAAAUAUAACUUAUGAAGUUCAUUGAAAAAGUUUGUGAACGAAACCAAAAAAUGCAAAGUUAUAUUUCUGUUGAAUUGAUAUAAAUGUAUUGUUAUUAAUUACAUGU